CGACUAUGAUACAGACGUGGAAGAAGAUUUCGAAGAUCUUUUAUACGAAAAUGUGGACGAUGCAGAAUUAUCUAUCGACACUGGAAUUGACGAGGUGAUUAACAGGGCGCUAAAUUUGUCAGAUUCUAUGCUGGAAUCAGAAGUGUGUGUCAAUUUAUGUACAUGUUGUCAAUUUCAAUAACAGGUUUCAGUCCAUUCCGAUGACUCAACGUUUAUGUGACGAUGAACAAAUGUGCGCACCGAAGAUGAGGACUUUCCUUCGACAAUAUCUGCCAGAUAAACCACAUAAAUGGGGUAUAAAACUUUCGUUUUGUGUGACUCCUUCGGAUUUUGUUAUAACUUCGAAAUAUAUUGCGGCGCAGGAGACAAUGCUGUUCUGACUGAUACACCAGAUCUUGGGGCAUCAGCGAAUGUGGUGGUCCGAUUUUCCCGUAAUAUUCCAGAUUUUAAAAACCAUAUAACAUAUUUCGACAACUAUUACACGUCACUGCCACUUCUGGUUUAUCUAAAAUCACGCGGAAUACAUUCGCUGGGAACUAUUCGUUCAAAUCGAAUUCCGAAUUGCAAACUUCCGACUGAUCUUGAUCUCAGGAAACAACCCCGUGGAUAUUCAACUGAAUUUUGUGGAUCUGCUUUAGGAGUUGACAUUUCUUUAUCAGUUUGGAAGGACAAUAAAAUAGUGUGACUCGCAUCGAGUUACGCAGGCGAAAAGCCCUUCCAGAAUGAAACAAAUGUUAUAAAUAAGGUGUCGCGGUUCGUCCGCUCAGGAAAAAAAUUUGUUGAUGUCGAUUGCCCCAAUGUAGUCCGUGAAUAUAAUAGUCAUAUAUGGGGGGCGUCGACCUCAUGGAUGGACUAAUUGGGCGAUAUAAGAUUCCGGUAAAGAGCAAUAAGUACACAAACCGACUUUUUAAUCACCUGCUUGAUAUGGCCAUGAUAAACGCUUAUGUUUUGUUCAGAAGAAUUAACAAGAUUGACACGCAUGCUAGGCAGUACCAACUGCCGAACUUCAGGACAGAGAUCGCAUACGUACUAUGCAAACAACAAUAUUCUUCAAUACCAAGAGCUCCAGGUCGUCCAUGACAAACUCCUCAAAUAAAAUUUACUGGAAGAAAAGCUUACUUACCUCCUGACGACGUUCGCUACGACGGAGUUGGACAUUUUGCAAAGUUUUUAUCACGCACCGGUAAAAAAAGGCGCGAAUAUCCUGGCUGCACCUCCGAAACUCAAAUCGUGUGCCGAAAAUGGAAUCUGAAUCUUUGUUUUUCCCAGCAAAAGGACUGCUUUCACAAUUUUUACCAUAAAUAAUUUGCACCAACUGCCUAUUUAUGCCCAAAAGCAUGCCUUUCUUUUGUAGACAUUUUUCUAAAACUAUUUGAAAUGAGACUGACUGUUUGUUUUGUAUUGAUUUCUGUUAAAAACUUUCUGUUUUGCUCAAUAAAAGUACGUAAUACACUGAAUUUGCAAGUUUUUCAUUUAGAUUUUUUUUGGCGUUCUUUCCCAAAGCCGCCUGCAGGCGGGGUAAGGUUUUAUCCCUAUAUAAUCGGAUCAAGGAACAACAUUUCACUUUCUUGAUAAAGAACCUAUAAUUUUACCAUAAUCCCCACCCAAAGCAAUUUUUUUCAUUCAAAAAUAAAAUUUGGGCACUAGAGGGUUAAGGGGCUGGUGCCGUUUAUUUGUGUCUUCCGCGAAUUUAAAUGCAGUUUUGAUUAAUAAAAGCUGGGAAGAUGUUUGGAAGUACCAGUCAAUCUUGGAUUUUAUAACAAGACAACGAUCCCUAGCAUCAAAGCUAAAGGUGUGUAGAGCGGAAACAGAAAAAUUUGGGUUAAUAGGUUGGAUUGGCCUUCACAGUCGCCUAAUGCCAAGCCUAUUGACAAUGUUUGAGCAGAAGUUAAAAAGAAAAUCAAAGAAAAACAAAUAUGGAUGGUGAAGCAGUUUUCAAGGCAAAUUCGGCUAAUUUGGAGCCGAUGACUUCGAGUAUGACUCGAAGGUAUUAAGCCAUUAUAGCUAAUGAUAGGGACUAUGCAUUUUAUUGAAUAUAUUGCGUAUAAUAAAUAUUAUAAAAUGUACACUUCAGUUAGAAUCGAAUUGGACAAGAAGUUUCUAUGUAAUGGCGGUCACGCUUCUGAUUUAUUAUAUAAAUAGUUUUUAGUUGUCAAAAAUCGCUCGUACUAUUCCACAAAUCAAUAAAUAGCAUCGUAAAAUUAUUAACAUUUUUUAUUAAUUAUUUAAAUUAUUAAAAAAAUUUCAAUAUUACCACAAAUUUCAAUAAAUAUUAAUAUAAUAAGUAGGCGUAAAGCAGUUGUGCAUGACACGAUCAGGUAAAUAUAAACCAAAAAUCACUGUGAGUACCAGAAUAAGAUGAACCGUUGAUCGUGUUAUAUCUACAUUAAAGCUAAGAACGUGAAAAGGCAAAAGCAUGCAGUCCCUACCGUUUUGAGUGUUUGACCGAGCUCCUCCACCCAUUUGUGGCGUGUGUCUUCAAGUUGUUCCACAAAUGUAGGGACCUACUGUUUUAAGCCGGCUCUGAACGGCAGACUCUUUUUAUGAGAAGCUUUUUCAUGGCUGAAAUACACCCGAAAGGUUGCCAUUACCUCGCGAGGGGCGAACGCUACCAGAAAAAAAUUGUCCUAACCUUUUGUUUUUCAUGCUCGGAGAUUCGAAACUUUGCACUACCCAUCGUGCACCUAUCUGAUAAACUAGUAAAAAUAUCGAUGCAAAUAACUAAAAAAUUAAAAAAUAUGCUUAUUACAUAUUUUGUGGUUGACAGAGCUUCAAAUAUUUUUUAAUCUCGUACAAUUUGAGAGGGAUAAAGGAAAAGUAGUAGGCCUUGAUAAAGAUUCAUUUAUGUUAAAAUAUUAAGUAAGUCAGUGCAACUUUUUACAACACACACAUUCAUACAUGUGCAUCUAUUGGUUUUUAUAUUAAAAGGAAAACAAAAACGUUCAAACUUAUCCAUGUUUGCUAAAAUGUUAAUGUUUUUUGCAAUAAAAGCGAUUUUUUGCCGCCAUUUUAUCUACUCCGAAAAAAUUACAAAUUUCGAGAAUCUACGCAUUGUAGGCAAACAAUCUCAAUGCUUCAGUACCUAAAAAAUACCGCAAUCCCGAAUUCUCAUAUGUAUAUACUCGGCUAUACAAAUGGUGAAAUUAGCGUGAGUUUACUGCUUUGUCAUAAUUACGGGCGUUAGCCGGUUCCACUUAAUCACACCUAGUUUACCAAGCAAAACAAAAACAAAGAUUCAAAUUAAGCGAAGAGAGUUUCCGCCGGCGCGAUCCGUUAGCGUUGGUCUUACUCUUUCUUCAGCGCGCUUCAUUUAGCUUCGAAAUGCCAAGCCACAAACGCUAUCGCUAGAUGAACGCGUCGAGCUGCGCAGCCGCAUUAAAUGAAGAUAAAAAGUGAAUAAAUAGUCGAAAUAAAACCAUCAAUAAAUCUAAAACAAAGACAUAGUUUAAAAGUAAACAAAAGACAAAAAAAAAAGAAACGAAAGAAAAAAGAAAUCGCGCGCUGAACUUCACGGCAGAGCGCCAAGUGCAAAGUACCAACGAAAGUAUUUUCUUAAUUCUAUCUUGCGACUAAUGAGUGCCAAAGCACAUUCCAUUCAUCUACUCAUAUCAUUUGUUGGUGUGCUAUCGAGCGCGCAGCUAGUAGUGAGCCCACAAACGAAAAUUAGUAGCGAUGUAGACACCGAAGGUGAAUGGUCAUCGGGGCUGAAGAAAUUAUUAGCGACUUUCGCUCGUAAGAGCGACAGCGGAGCCGCCACAGCUGCACCGCCAUACAAUCUGACGCAGCAGCAAAUGGAAGAUUUCGAGGCAAUUAUGAGUGCCGGUGAGGAUGUGCCAACCAAUUCCCAUACGCUAAUCAAUCGCACACAUGACGCAAAUGACGACUAUGGAGCAGAAGAUACGCGCAGUUUUCUUUGUAUACCCAUUAUACGCAUUUUCAAUGUGGAUAUUCGGCGCGAGUUGCUUCCGGAUGAGCGCGUUGCGGUGGUGGGCGAUCAUGAGCGCCUGGGUGCUUGGCAAGUGGAGCGUGGUAUUGCAAUGAAGCCGAGCGGAAGCAAUGCGCAAUCAGCGCUGCAUAGUUGGUCAGUGAAGGUACCUGUUUGUGCAAGUGCGCGCCUACAUUAUCGCUAUUUUAUCUUCAGCAUAGACAAGCAUGGGCGACGACGCGUGCAUGAGUGGGAGGGCGUGCCGUACGGUCGUGUAUUGGAGAAGUAUCAGAUGUAUCGUCCGCCGGGCAAGGAUUUGUUUGGAUUACUCUCGCACAUGACAAUUGGCGAUGUGGAGCAUGAGAAAGGUUGGCUGCGCCAGGAGUACGCCAUUGAAUUCAAGUUCAUUUGGGAGCAGCAUUUGAAGUUUUAUCGCUAUUUGAAUUUGAACCGCCCUACGAAAUUUCUGCUAAAGAUGUCCGUUUCUAAAAAUGGUUUUACACUACCGCCUAGCGCCUGGCGUAGCACAGAGCUGGAAGUAUCGCACUACGCCUACAAUCGUUCUCACUUUCAGCAGCAAGCCAAGCGCGGCGUGCCCUACUUAGCGGGCGACAUUGUCAUAUUUCGCUUUACUGUGCCACUUAAUACAGUGAACUCCUAUCUGCUGAGCAUUUCUACGAUGGAUGGCAAUCGCGUGGGUGAAGUGUUAAUACUACCAUUGGACCUGAAGGGUUCAGAUGGUGUGCUCCGUUUGCCUAUAUGGGGCGCAGUGAAUUAUUUUCAAGUGGGUAUAUUGACGCUGCCCUAUGUGAUUAUUCGCCCUUUGUUUGGUGCUGUGAAUUAUAAUCUGCGUGGCAGUUUUCAACGUUAUUGGCCCAUGAAUUGGCCAUCGAUGGAUGUGGGCCACCGUGGUAUAGGCGCCAGCUUCAAUGCGAAUGCACCAUUUGUGGAAAACACCAUUGCCAGUUAUAUGCACGCACACAAGCACAAAGCGGAUAUGGUCGAACUGGACGUGCAGCUGACGAGCGAUUAUGUGCCGGUGGUGUGGCAUGACUUUGGCUUUUAUACAGCGCCAACGGGACGCAAUGUGCGGAACGAAGAUGAUUUGGAAUAUGUGCUUAUCAAAGAUCUGAGCUACAAACAGUUGAAGAGCAGUCGCGUUUUCACUGCAGAAGAUGGGGAUAUCUACGAGUAUACAAAUUUCAACGUGCGCAGCGCGUCCGAAAAUGAGCGCUUAUUUCCUCUGCUACAGCAAAUUUUUAAAACACUGCCAAUAACGCUUGGCUUAGAUAUCGAAAUCAAAUGGCCGCAAAUUUUAAAAAGCAAUACUGUAGAGUCAGCGCAAACGCUUAACAAAAAUCACUUUGUUGAUAUUAUAUUGAAAACUACUGUGAAGUACGGCUGUGGUCGCCCACUCUUCUUCUCCAGCUUUGAUGCGGACAUCUGCACUAUGGUGCGCCUAAAGCAGAAUGUAUUUCCAGUUGCGUUUAUUACGAUUGGCGAAACGAGUUUGUGGGAACCCUACAAAGAUCUACGCGCACGCAGUUAUCUGGAUGCAGUGAAUUUUGCGCAGUCAGCAAAUCUGCUAGGCACAGUUGCGCAUGCAAAAGAUUUUCUCAAAACCGGCGCUGUACUUGGCUUUGGUUUGGACUUGGGUCAGGCGACUUUUGUAUGGGGCGACGAUUUGCGAGAAAAACAAGCAGUUGAACAAUUUAAGCGCUGGCAUGUGUCUGGCGUCAUUUACGAUCGCAUCGAUUUGUAUGGCCCGCUGCGCAAGCGCGAGAGUUUUUUCAAUGUACCAGAUUUAGUGGACGUUUUCACGCGGCAAUGCAUUGUUGUAGGUCAUUUUAAUUGCUCCAGUGUGCUGGCAUUACCGGAUGGGUUUGAUUUACAUGGAAAACCAGUGAGCCGACUGGGCUGCGAGGUGAUUGUGCAAUCCUUUACUUGAGGCGUAAUGGCGUGGGGGCAUAAAUUGGAUUUUAUAUAAAUAAAUUUAAAGGUGUAAUUAUUUAUAAACGGGUAUAUUAAUAAGAAAUCAGCACUGUGGGAGAGAGCAAUUUAAGUGAAUCUAAUUUAAAAAUGUUCUUAGUGUUGAAUGAGGAAAAGGAAUAAAAUAAUAUAUAAUAAUAAUAUGAAAUGCUCGGUAUGAUUUUUCUAAAAUUUACUUAUUACACUCUGCGGCACCAUUUUUGGGGAGUGAGAAAUCUCUUUGCAGAACGUCGGCUUCGGGUGAGUAUGAGAGUUUGACCAAUGGGCGCAGAAUCAUAAUCGAAAUAAUUCUGGGCCUAAAUUUGUUAAACGGAGGUUUAAGAAAAAACAUGAUUUAUUUUCAGUAUAGUCGAAUUAAUAACUGGUUUUUCACCUAGAACCGGGAUUAAAUUUAAACGCAGCACCAGCUAGUACUAUAGUUGGUUUGAAACAAAUGAAAUUGAAAAGCUCACGGUUGUCUGUGCACAUAAAAGAGAUUUUGAUAUUAUAAUCGUAAAGAAUCGUAAAGAGAUUUAAUCCAUUUGAUGAAGUUGCUUUUUAUUCAAGCUACAUAUUCGAAAAGACACAGUUUUUUAAUAGAAAUAUGAAACAUUGAAGAGCCACGAAUUAUGAAAGAUCUUCCUUUUCCGAUACGUACACAUGAAAGUUGCUUUCGUCUAGAAUGGGAAUUUCAUCAACAUUUUCUGCUGCCAUAUUCGCCUUUCUAACAAACACAAUUGCCUCUUUUCCACCUAUUUGCAUCCGUUUCCAUUUGGUAGAAUCGAAAAGCCAACAUACCCCCGUGAACUGCUUCCGCUUCAUUCUUUUCUUUAUCAUUCUCGCAGAAAAUCUUUUUCGCGUUCACUCUUCCGGUGGCAAUUAUUAAAAUUCUAAGUUUUUUUUCUUCCUCAUAAAAAUCAUUCGAAGUAGGCUUAAAACUAUAGGUCCCUUCAUUUACGGAAGAAAACCAAGACGCACACUACAUUGCGUCCGAGUGGGACAAACUCUUAGUUUUCCAUGGUAAAACAAAAAAUGGGAUCGCAGUCUUCUCGUUUGGUAGAAAGAAACGAAUAAAAUAAAAAUGGACAACAUUGUUAAAGGCUUUAAGGGGGGAUUCUACUGUAAAAAUCAAAUUUUCAUGGAUUUUGUUUUCAUACUUGUAUUAAUUUAAUUAGUAAAAAAAAGUUUAGGGUUACAUAAACACAGGUCUUGAGUGUACAAAAAAAUUUUUUAAAUUUAUUUUCAUUUCAAAAUGGCAGCUGUACAGCCGCUCCCCCGAAACGCCUUUUGAAAUCUG